AUGCAGAAAAUCAAUGACAGAAAACAGCCUGAAGCGGCCAGGAGCUCCAAGAAGCGUUUUUCAAUUUCCAGAGAAAUAGCAAAUAGAAAAAUGAGCAACUCCAAUUUAUACUCGUCAGAAGAUAGUAAAAUAAGAAUGCAUGGUAGCAGGCAUUCAGUUUCAUCAAUCAAAAGCAAACAAAAACUUAACCUCUCUAUGAACAAGGAUCUAUCUAGAGGAUCAUCAUCAUUCUCCAGCGAUUCAGAAUCAAAUAAGGAACCUUAAGAAUAAUCAAUAAUUUUGAAGGAUAAUAUCGGAAUUAUAUAAUAGGGGCAAUCGUCCUUUUAUUAAAUGUAGGAUAAAUUAAUUUUGCCUAAUAUGUCAUUUGAAUAGGACUUUAUGAAUCCUUUGGAUAUUUCUGACGGAAUUGAAAGAUCCAUUUUAAAAAUAUAGUUUAUUGAUUUCGAACACAGAUGGGGAAUGAAACAAGACGUCAAUCUACAGAUAUAAUGUGGAGGAGAUAAUAUGCUCGUGUCUUAAGCGAGUGAAGGUCUGUCUUCGCACAAGUCAUUAAGAAUGUCUCAUCGAAGCAAGAAAGGGGCGUUAUAAUCAAAGUUGCAAGUAAUUCAAAACAAAGGCAAGUAACAGAUAAGUGAUAGCGAAGAAGAUGAUUAUGAUGAUAAUUAAUAAGAGAAUGAUAAGAUUAUAAAAAAGCAUCAAAAACUUUAUGAAAGAAACCCAUUUGAAGAUCCUUAUUAUAUUAAACUAUAGGAUCUGCACGGAUUCGAAAGGUUGCACUAUGAAAUAAAUGUAAUAUUACACAUAAUAUUUAGGCUUAUAAUGAUGAUAAACGGUUUCUGAAAUUAAGGAAAAAAAUAGUAUAUUAUUCAUUAUUUAUUCCGAUCCUGUGCAAAAGGAUAAUCAAUAGUGUUUUAUUUAAAAUCAUCAUGUCCUUUCUGAUCAUUUUUAAUGUCACUUUGUACAUUUACUCAUAAACUUACUAAGACCCAAAAUCAACUAAAAAUAUGGAGAAAAUCAUAAUGGUAUGUUUCUUGAUAGAAUUGGCUAUUAGGAUAAUUGCUUCAGGAGUAAUCAUCCCAAAAGGAGCUUUUUUCAAGAAUUUCUAGGAUAUAUUUGAUUGCAUUUUGGUUGUCGUUUAUGUUUUAAAUCUCAAUUAUACUGAAGUUUUUAUUGUGGAUAUCUCUCCACUAAGAAUGAUAACUUUACUACUGUAUUUAGGAGACAUAUUCUAGGGAUUGGGAGUGAUGUUAAAAGCACUGAAGCAAUCUUUUAGAUUUCUUUUAGAAGCCUUAAUGAUAGUUGGAUUGUUUUCUUUGUUUUUUGCUAUAACAGGAGUGUUCAUGUUUCAGGGGUUAUUUAAUUAUAGGUGUCAAUACGAUAAUGGAGAUGAAACAGAUGGUUGGAUUUAGUGCAAUCAAAAUUCAUGUUUUGAAGAGGGGAUGUCGUGUUAGUUUUCAUCUUUCACUCCUAAACCUCCUACUUCAUUCAACAAUGUGGUUUAUUCAUAUGGCCAAGUUUUGAGAACAAUAACAAUGGAUGAUUGGAGUUGGGUAAUGUAUUUUACGAUGAGAAUCUAUCAUCCCUGGACUUGGCUAUAUUAUUUAUUUAUUAUUUUUGUUUGUGGUUUCUUUGGAUUCAACUUGGUUAUUGCAGUUAUUAAAAUUCAUUAUGCUGAGGCGGCAGAGGAGAAUGCAAAGGAAGAAGAGAUGAGAUAGAUAUAGUAGAAGAUUAAGGAGAACAGAGAAUUACCAGAAAGGGAUAUUAUUAAUGUAUUCGAUGUUGCAUUCUUACGAUACAUUAAGUUUUUUCCUGUUAUUCAAAGAUAUAGAUAGGCAUUGAAAUCUUCAUAUCGAUCCAUCAAGUUGGAGGAUAAUUUAAAUGAGAAAGGCAAUUCAAGCAAAACAAGAAUACUGUCAGCAAAGUAGAAAAAGAAUGAUGAUUACAAUUCACAAGUAAGAAUAUUAUCAUUUUAUUUAGUUAGGGGUAUUUAAGAGAAUUGUAUAGAAAAUCUAGAAUUUUACACUUAAAAAUAUUCUUCUGCCAAAAUUUUAAAUAUUGAAUGAAAAACAACAUAAUAUUCACAUUAGAAAAUACACUGAAGAUGAAAUCGAGUUAUAAAUAUUGGAGAGAUUGAAAUCUUUUUAAUUCUCAUAAUUGCAAUCUUGUGUCAAUUAGCAAAUUCAAUAAAGAUUUGAAAGUGAAGUUGAUGUUUUACCAACUCUGAAGUAAUUGCAUUGAAUAACAUAUAUAGCUUACCUGAUUGUGAGAAAAACGAAAUUGAGAAAGAAAUCCUUAACAUGAGAUUCUUAAAAAUACCAGUCGUUUAUCCAGAUAUCAAAUAGAAAAAGAUUGAGCAAAUUACUCAUGAUCAUAAGAAAUUAAGUAAAUUUCCAGUAAGAAGAGUGAAAAGGAUCAUUAUUAACUAAACUGAAGAUGAAUAACAUGAGACCAAUAAUUCCUUAGAUCAAAACAUGUUUAGUUAAAAGCAGAGUAUUGCACAAUCGCACAAGCUGAAAACUUCAUAAGGUGAUAACAACGUUCCAUUUGCAAUCAAGAAAUAAGAUCAGAUUUAUGUCUAUAUCCAAGGAUAUUACUUAAAUUAUGAAGGAGUCUAGACAAAAAUUAAAGCUAAGAUUCAGAAGAAUAAAAAUUCUCAAUCUUCCAAUGAAUUUCAAUACAGAUUGCUAAGAAGAAAGGAUAUUCAAUAGAAUCAAAUUUCGAAAAAGGCUUGGUCUGGAAACGAUGUAUUAAAAUUAAAUGAAUCAAGAUUGCUCAAUUUCAAAGAUGUAUUAAAAAGACUCAAUCUUAUUGAUAUCUAAAUCUGGAUGCUUGGAUUUAAAGGGAAGCUUGAAACACUGCGUAAAUAUUGUUAUCUCUUAAUUACAUCUUAAAUAAGCUAACUGUUUUUCGAUCUUAUUAUUUUGAUCAAUUUUACAUUCCUAUCAUUGUAAGGAAUAGCUGAUUCAGUCACGAUAUCGAAUGAAGAGGAUGUUUCAACCAUAUUCUUAUGCAUAGAAUUGGUAAUAAGAUUUUUUGCCUUCUCUUUUAAGGACAUAGCACAGAGUCCUGACUAUGUUUUAUAAUCUUGUAUUGUGACUUUGAACUUCAUCGAACUCACUAUGAGUUCAAUAAUGACAAAUUUAAACGAAUAAAAUCUUAGAUUGAUAAGAGGUACUAAGUGUCUUCUCUUUUAUCGAGUGCUGAAAUAUAACAAAAUGGCAGUAGCUAUUGGACAUAUCGCUUAGAGAACAUUUCGACAAUACAUAUACUUGACAUUCUUAUUUUUUUUAGUUAUCUUCGUAUAUGCAAUGAUAGGUAUGGAGAUGUAUGCUGGUUAUUUUGAUUAAACAGAAACUCUAGGAUAAUUACAUUCUUAUGAUAAUAUUUUUAAGGCAUUUAUGACAAUAUUCAACAUUCUAACAAAUGAUGAUUGGUAUGGAGUAUAUGUUAUGGGAGGUAAUAUCAAUUAUGUAUUUGCUGUGAUUUAUUCAUAUUCGAUGGUUAUUUUGCUCAAUUAUAUAACAUACGGUUUGGUGUUGGCUAUAUUGUUGGAUGGAUUUGGAACCAUAAAUGAUGAGAUGUAGGAAUUGGAAGAAGAAAAAGAGAAAGAAAAAGAAAAAGACGAAGAUAAGAAUAAUGAGAAAUAAGAGGAAUAGAACUCAUAGAUAACAGAGCAAUAGGAAAUAAAUGACUUUUAACUGAAUUUAAGACCGCUGAUAUCAUAAAUAAAUAUUAGUGAAAAUCAAUAGAAAAAAUCAAAAUAGAAUUUAAUAUCAAAUCUUAUGAAAUCAAUAAGUAAAUAUAUAUAUUGAGAUUAUUUAAUAGGACAAGUUCAUAAAGACAUCCUUAGCCAAUAUCCUAAUUUUUAUGAUGGAAUCCAAUGUCAAUAAUCGUUGUAUUUAUUUGAAAAAGACAACAUAUUCAGAAUAAUCUGUUGCAGAAUAAUCACCUCAAAUUUCUUCAUCUACUUUAUGGAUAUAAUAUUAUAUUAUUCAAUCAUAGUCUUUGCUCUAAAGACUUAUAAUGAUUAUGAGAAUGAUGCAUCUAUUUAUCCGGAAGUCUUGCAAUUCAUAGCUAAUAUUUUCAUUUUAUUUGAAAUAAUUUUGGGUAGUAUAGCAAAGGGGAUGUGGAUGAAUAAAGGAGCUUACAUCACAUACACAUGGCAAGUAGUAGAUGUAAUUUAUAUCAUCUCCUUCUUCUUCCAUUUCCCAUCUAAUGAAGAAAAAAAACCUAUUGUCAAUUUCUUUUUAUAUUUUGGAUAUUUCAGAGUAAUGAAAUUGAUGUAUAGACUAUCAUGGUUAGAUAAAUUGAGAUUGGCAUUAGGUAGAUCUUUAGCCGAUAUUUGGAAUGUGUUGAUAACAAUGCUUUCAGUUUGGAUCAUCUUUGGAGUUUAUGGAAUUAUCCUUUACGAAUAGCAGUUUGGAUUUUGUGAUGAUAAAAUGCAAUUUGGUAUUAGCAAGCGAGAAUGUUAAGAGUAGAAUGGGACAUGGAUCAAUUAUAAACAUAAUUUUGAUAAUAUCACAAUAGCAAUUCCUACUUUAUUUGUGGUUUCUACUUUUGAUGGAUGGGGUGAAAUAAUGCAAAUGUCUGAGAACAGUCAAAAUUCAAAUAUAGGUCCUGAAGCAUUUAAUAGUUACAUUCACACUUAUUUCUUUUUUAUAUUUUUCUGUUUCAUAGGUUCAAUGUUCUUUUUGAGUUUGUUUACAGGAGUCUUGUAUGCAAAUUUGAAGGAGAAUCAGAGUAAGAUUGAGAUGUCAGACAUUACAAAGGCUUAAGUAGAAUUUAUGAAGAUCUCAUAGAUCAUAAUCAAAGAUUUUCCAUUGUAUUCUUCACCUCCUACAUCCACAAUUAGAAAAUUUGCAUCUGAUUUAACAAACAAUAAUACUGUCCAAAAAGUUAUGUUUUGUUUAUUAUUACUUGAUUUAAUCGUGCUGCUGUUAUUCUUUUCGGAUAUGGAUGAUACAUUUUUCAGAGCAUUGAAUAAUACUCAUAAUAGUUUAACUUAUAUUUACAUUUUGUGGAAUAUCUUUUUAUUUUUAGCUUUAGGAGUCAAUAGAUUUUUUGAUAAUUAUUGGAGAAGGUUCUAUUUCUUCUUGAUCACAAUAGCCAUAAUUGAUAUUAUUGCUGACUAUGAAUCUGAUUGGGCAUUGGCAUAUUUUAGAUCAUCUCCAGCUGAUUCAGGAUAUCAAUUUCUUAGAUUAUUCUUUGCCCUUAGAUGUCUGAGGAUUAUUCUCAUUUUCUAAGGAUUGAUAAAUCUAUAGAGAUUAAUGAGAGUUAUGGUUUUUGCUUUACCAUUUUUGGGCAAGAUCUUUAGUUUAUUGAUAAUUACAAUGUAUAUUUUUGCCCUUUUUGGUUGUCAUAUGUAUGGUCAAUUAGAAAAAGGAUAAGUGAUGGAUGAUCAAAUCAAUUUCCAAAAUGUAGCUCAAGCCAUGCUUGCUCUAUUCAAAUGUGCAUCAGGAGAUGAUUGGAGAACAAUAAUGACUGAUACUAUGUUCUACAAUCCCUAUUGCACUGAAGAUGAAAUCUACUGUGGAAGUAUCUAUAAUUAGAUAUACUUCUUCCUCUUCAUGUUAUUGUCAAACUAUGUUCUGUUAAAUUUGUUUGUCUUAGGUUUGGUGGAACAAUUUGAGCAAUUCUUUAUGCUCUAAAAUUCAAUGAUUCAGACUUACGUUGAAAAUGUGGAUAAGAUCAAAACAAUCUGGUGCAAGUACUCUUCAGAAACCCAAGGUUAAGCUAUGCACUAUAAAUUUUUGUGUCGUUUCUUGAUGGACAUUGGAAAACCUUUGGGCGGUGGAAAAGAUGAGAAUUUGUGGGAUGUGGGCAAAUUGGCAUCCUCAUUUAAAUUACAAUGGUAUUGGUUGUUAUAAAUAAAAUAGUGAUCAUUUUGGAUACAUCUAAUAUAAUCAAUUAAUGUACGAGCUAUUCCGAGUUUGUUAUCAUGUUGAAGUAUUCAAAAAUGGCACUUCUUCUUCCAUCAAGAAGAUCAAGCAAUUCAAUAAGGAGAUGCAACUACGAUUGAUGUAUUAUAGGAGAAACAGAUUUCUGCAGAGAACCAACAUUAGUCCCAUUCUACAUUUGAAAGCCAAUUUCAACAUUUUGCAUGAUUACUUGACGGUUCUUAUCAUGUAUAAGGCUUGGGAGGCCUUCUCUAAAAAACUAAUUAAGAAAUUAGCAAUUAAAUAAAAUCAAUUCACUGAACAAGAUUUAGACGAGCAAGACUCUUCUAUCGAUCAAAAAACUAUGAAUAAUCAAUAGUAAUUAUUUGAUUUACAUCAUUAGUAUUGAUUAAGAUUGCAAUGAAUUUCUAUAGGAGGACAUUGCACAAUAAGUCUUAUCAAAGGAACAGGUUCCACCGGAAAAUGUCCAUCAAAUCACCAAUUGCUCAGAUGAUGGUCAAUCUAAGAAAGAGGACAUCCCUGUUUACAAAUGGCAAAGUGAUUAACAAUCAGGAGGACUAUAUGAAAGAGCCAUCAUUUCUCCGGAUUAAUCUUUCAAAAAGAGGAAAUAUUGA